AUGCGUGGCGGCGCUGCACGCGACGUGCUGCGCUCGCUGCCUCAGAUGCGCGAAGGGGCGCGGGUCGAGCUGCUCGGCUUGUCGCACUCCGCGUCGCUGCGCGAGUGGUCGGCGGCCGCGCCUCCGCCGGCGCCGUCGAGCGAGGUGUCGGCCCGCGCGUCGCAGCUCUCUGCGAUGCUCACGCGGCUGACCGACUUGCGGCUGCCGGUGGGGACGGCCCACCCGCCAGCCGCCGGCCAGGCCGCCGUGUCGCCGUCUGCGGCGCGGCGCCGCUCCGAGUGCGCUCACUUGGUUGCGCUCGCCCCGGACCUGAUCAACGCCAUCGGCAGGCCGACGAGCGAGGACGGCGGCGCACUCGCGGGGCGCGAGGUGCAGCGGCUGCAGGAGGCGAUCCGCGAGGCGCUGCAGCUGGUCUUUGCAUCCCUGCCAAAGCCGUGA